UGAUCUGUUAAUGAUCGAAUCAAAUUCUCCAAACAUGUGCAGUUACAGCCAAAUUUUCCUAGAUUGCUGAUAAGAGUCGUCUGGGAGGCGAACUUGAAACUGCCGAUUGCAUCAUUUGUGCAAUAGUUUUAGACAAGCAAAGAUGGAUUCGAACUGUUGCAGGUAUCAUCAUCAUCAUCAUCAUCAUGAGAGGUAUGUUUGCUUGACAUGUGAAGAUGACCAGGAGUUCCAAUGUGAGCAUCGCGAUCACCCUAAACAACAAAUGAUAACGAACAAACAGCUUAUGGAUCGAUACGGCGGCAGCGUAAACGAGCCGGACCUUCUGCUGGAGGUAGGAGUUUUCAGCUGCCCAUACUGCGAUCGCCAGAGGCUUAGCGUAUCGGACCUGUACGAUCAUGUCACCCUCGAACAUCUGGACAUUCCGUUCUGCGUUCGAUGUCCGGUGUGCGUGUGUUUUCUGGAGGAUUAUUCCUUCCACGAUGGCAUUCAUCUGUCCAAGCAUCUGGUCCAAGGUCACAGUAUAUCGUUCGAUGAGUAUCAGGAUCGAAUUUUGAUGUGCGAGUGCUUCAGCGAGGACGACUUUGAGAUGUUGAAGUUUAUUGCGACGACUCUGCCACCUUCUUAUCACAGCAGCAGCGAUGAUAGUGCAACGGGCGGCAGUGUAAACAACAGUAACGACUGCAGUCCCAGCAGUUCUUCGACGUCAUCGCGUGAGUCAUCCAGCUCGGAAACAUCCCGCCUAGGCCAAUCCUGUUCCAUUUGCUUCGAUUUGAUAUUCGACAAGGAUAACACCACGUGGGUGCUGCCCUGUAAGCACAAAUUCCACCCCGAGUGCAUAGAUCGAUGGGUUCAACAGAACAACUCCUGUCCCAUAUGUCGCAAAAUGAUUAACAUCUAGCUUUCUCUAUAGAAUAAGUUUAGUAGUCUAUAUAUUAUAUUUAAAGAAAAAAAAAACAAAAUAAUUAAAAGAGCUUUAAGAAGAUAAUUCAUUGUUUCUCUUG